UGGGAUCUACGGUUUUAUUUGGGGAUUCACAAGGUUGAAUUUGGGGUUUGAUUUGGGAUUCACAAAGUUUUCAAUUUGAGAUUUUAGGAUUUGAUUUGGGGAUUCAAUUCAGGGCUUUGGGAUUAGCAAUUUGAUUUGAGGAUUUAAUUUUAGGGACUAAAAGUAUCAAAUUUAAAUACUUUAGGAUAUAUCGGUUAAAUUAUGAAUAGUUUAUAUCAUGAGAUUUCUUCUAUGUGUCACGUCAGAUUUUUUCGACCUCAAUUUCACAUAAAGGAUAAAAAUGAUAUUUUUCAUUUUUAAGGAAGGAAAAAGGGGGAAAAAAUUCAUGGACGAAAAUGAAAUUUGAUCCAUAAUUGAGGAAGGAAAAAUAUCAUUUUACCAUUUCUUAAUAGUUAGCACUUCAUAUUGGGUCAGUUAAAACGCUACCGUUUGAGUAUAAUUUAAUGGGCUUAGGCCCAUCUUAUUUGUUCGGAAUUGUCACUAUGACGUCCUUCUGAAGGGAAAUUAUCCAACAAUAGAAGCAGUGACCUGACCACAUCGCUAUCUUCAUUUGCCCACAAGGAGGAGCCUGCUUCCUUCACUUUGACUCUUGGUUUAUAAUAGACUAGUAGGAAUAUGCAUAUUUCGCGAAGGGGAGUGGGGGAAAAACUUCUUGAGCUCUGAUUGAUUUUCUUUGCGAGGCUCGAUGGGGUUAUUUAUGCCUUUUAAUCUUUUGAGAGGAAGACGUAUUGGUGCUAUUGCAAUAUGGGUUUCCAUUGCUCUCGUGGUACUGAGUGGUAGUCAAGUACAAUCGGGAUCCGAUUAUUUGGUUGGGCUGGGGAGCUAUGACAUCACAGGACCUGCUGCCGAUGUAAAUUUGAUGGGAUAUACCAAUACAUAUCAGAUUGCUUCUGGAAUUCAUUUCAGGUUGCGAGCUCGCUCCAUUGUGGCAGAACCUCAAGGGAAUCGUGUAGUUUUUGUCAACCUUGAUGCUUGCAUGGCUUCACAAAUUGUGACAAUUAAAGUGAUUGAGAGGUUGCGAGCAAGGUAUGGAGACCUGUAUACUGAAAAUAAUGUUGCUAUCAGUGGUAUUCACACCCAUGCUGGUCCCGGAGGUUAUCUCCAAUAUGUUGUAUACAUUGUAACAUCUCUUGGAUUUGUUCGUCAGUCAUUUGAUGCCCUUGUAGAUGGAAUUGAGAAAAGCAUUAUACAAGCUCAUCAAAACCUCCGACCAGGAAAAAUUCUCAUCAACAAGGGAGAGAUCUUAGAUGCUGGUGUGAACCGCAGUCCCAGUGCCUAUCUCAAUAAUCCUGCAGCUGAGCGUAGCAAAUACAAGCAUAACGUUGAUACGGAAAUGACCCUAUUAAAGUUUGUAGAUGAUGGAUGGGGCCCAGUGGGUAGCUUCAAUUGGUUUGCUACCCAUGGAACUUCUAUGAGUAGGACAAACUCAUUGAUAAGUGGGGAUAACAAAGGUGCUGCAGCACGAUUUAUGGAAGAUUGGUUUCAGCAAAAUGUUAAUAGGAGCUCAAGUUCUGAGGAAAAUGAAGCUGAGGGAGUCCCUCGAAGAGUUUCUAAUAUAAUUCCUACUAUUCAAAACAACCACCAUGAGCUACUGGAGCUGGCUGCGUCCUUCCAUUCUUCUCCUGGUAGACCAGCAACAAGGACUCUUAAUGUUGCUAGGCGAGUUAGAGGUGUUCUCAGGCAGGCUGACAAACCUCAAUUUGUGUCAGCAUUUUGUCAAUCAAACUGUGGUGAUGUUAGCCCCAAUGUACUUGGAGCUUUCUGUAUAGACACUGGUAAACCAUGCGACUUCAAUCACAGUACCUGCGGUGGGAAGAAUGAGUUGUGCUAUGGCCGAGGACCUGGUUACCCUGAUGAAUUUGAGAGCACACGUAUCAUAGGAGAGAGGCAAUUCAAAAAAGCCGUGGAUCUAUUCAAAGGAGCAUCUGAACAAAUAAAUGGGAAGGUUGACUACCGCCACACUUACAUAGAUUUCUCCCAGCUUGAGGUGACGCUUUCCAAACAAGAUGGAGGCUCUGAAGCAGUAAAAACUUGUCCUGCUGCAAUGGGGUUUGCAUUAGCUGCAGGAACAACUGAUGGGCCAGGAGCAUUUGAUUUUAAGCAAGGUGAUGACGAGGGAAAUCCUUUCUGGAGGCUGGUCCGCAACUUUCUUAAGACACCAGGCGAGGAACAAAAAAAUUGUCAUAAUCCAAAGCCCAUUUUACUUGAUACUGGAGAGAUGACGAAACCAUAUGAUUGGGCGCCGUCAAUUCUUCCAGUUCAGAUUCUUCGAAUUGGGCAGCUGGUCAUUCUCAGUGUUCCUGGAGAAUUUACAACCAUGGCUGGGAGGCGUCUUCGUGAUGCGGUGAAGAUGGUGCUCACCAGUGGUGGUAAUAAAGAAUUCAACGGCAAUGUUCAUGUUGUUAUAGCAGGAUUGACUAAUACCUACUCUCAGUACGUGACCACCCUUGAAGAAUAUCAAGUACAGAGAUAUGAGGGUGCUUCCACACUAUAUGGUCCACACACACUUAGUGCCUACAUUCAGGAGUUCCAGAAGCUUGCCCACGCUCUCAUAGGUGGCCAACCAGUGGUACCUGGCAUAUUCCAACCUCCUGAUCUUCUGGAUAAGCAGAUAAGCUUCCUUAUGCCAGUUGUGGCUGAUGCGACUCCUUUUGGUGUAAAGUUUGGUGAUACUAGCUCUGAUGUUCCCAAGAAUUCGACCUUCAUGAGAGGUGACACAGUGACAGCCGUUUUCUGGUCUGCUUGCCCCCGAAAUGACCUAAUGACCGAAGGUACAUUUGCACUAGUGGAAAUGCUCCAAGGAGGGGAUACUUGGUUCCCGGCUUAUGAUGAUGAUGAUUUCUGCCUUCGUUUUAAGUGGUCAAGACCUUCAAAACUAAGUACAAGGAGUCAUGCCACAAUAGAAUGGAGAAUUCCAGUGUCCGCUACUCCGGGUGUGUACAGGUUAAGACAUUUUGGCGCAGCGAAGGCCUUUUUGGGUUCCAUUCACCAUUUCUCUGGUUCAUCUAGUGCUUUUGUGGUUGCAUGAGAAACCCUUAUUGUUUGUACAUAUACUGCUCUUCUGUAGGCUGUUAUGUUUGCCUAUUACAUACAAUCAGUGAGAGUUUGAUCAUUAUGAGAGUUUGAGGUUGAGAUACCA